AUGAUGAUGCAAUUUAACACAUUUGACCAUCCGAAUCAAUGGUCCCCAGACCGUUCAUCAGGCACUCACAAUUCCAUCGACUACCUGCGUGAUCCACAAUAUAACUCUCAAAAUCAACCUGACGCAUUUGACACCAUGGCGGACGCAAAGCAAGGAGGUGAUCUCUAUGACAUGGCCAAGGACGGAACCAAAGUUCCUGGAGAUGCCGGCAAGCAGAACAUCAUCAAAUCUGUUCCCAACCCGCACCAAGAUCCCUCAGCUGCCGGUGAGCUCGGGUCCACAACCCUACACGGCGCCGCAGACAACGCAUUAGACACCAAAGAGGGAAGACCUUCCGGAGUUGGUGAGGGGAUCAGUGCUACCGGUCACGAGAUUCCGCAGUCGGUGACGGGCAAGCCUGGAGGUCGAGGUGGUACGCAGGGCUCCAAGGACGUUAGAGCAGCGACAGGUGCAUUCUACACCAAGGGGAGCCGGUCAAAGAGUGAUGAGUGAAGGAGGUGUGAUACAUUAAAUCACUUUGUAUACAUGAGUCUGACGAGUGUAAUAAUACUUAACACGUCAAGACCGUGCGUCUCAGCUGCAAGUGUUGGUACUUAUCCGCGGCUAGUCUACCUGGGUAAGGUAAACACGAACCGCUCACCGGUGACAGAAUCUUGCAAUUCUGAGCAAACGAAUAGCUCGGUCUGGACUAGAAAAACUUCCCCAUCACCACCAAAAUGCAAUGUAAGAGCUGUAACACAGCCAAAAAGGACAUCAUGAAAGGGACGAGACUCGAACUCGCGCGGGUUGCCCCACCAGGAAACAGAUGUUAAGCUGACCUUAACCUGGCGCCAUAACCAACUCG